UCAACCUUCGCUUUGGGCUCCUACUUUCAUGAAGAAAUAAUCAUCUCCCUCUUCUGCCUCUGCUAUCCGAAAAAGUGCUUUCAUAUCUUCAGCUUUUAUCUCUCUCCCCUCUCUCUCUCUCUCUCUCUCUCUCUCUCGAAGGCUUUCACAUAUUCAGCUUUUACAGAAGCUCUUCUCUCUCGCUAUCUCUCUAGAAGCGGUUUCUCUUCCUUCUUCCUCUGCCGCAAAUUUCAGCUCCGCGCAUCUUCAAAUCGUUUCUCUCUGCUUAAUCAAUCAAAAUCAUGGUAGUCGAAUAUCAGGAGGGAUAUAUUAGGAAUUCAAGAGGAGUACAGCUCUUUACUUGCAGAUGGUUGCCUUUUUCUACUCCCAAGGCUCUUGUUUUCCUCUGCCAUGGAUACGGCAUGGAAUGCAGUGGUUUCAUGAGAGAAUGUGGAAGCAGGUUAGCCUCCGCGGGGUACGCUGUGUUCGGGAUGGACUACGAAGGGCAUGGACGGUCCAGAGGUGCUCGAUGCUACAUCAAAAAGUUCGAUAACAUCAUUAACGACUGCGAUAAUUUUUUCAAGUCAAUUUGUGCACAGGAAGAAUACAGAGACAAAGGCAGGUUCUUGUAUGGAGAGUCGAUGGGAGGUGCAGUGGCCUUGUUGCUCCACAAAAAGGACCCUCGGUUCUGGAACGGCGCCGUUCUGGUCGCCCCCAUGUGUAAGAUAUCAGAGAAAGUGAAGCCGCACCCAGUAGUGGUGAAUAUAUUGACAAGAGUGGAAGAGAUCAUACCCAAAUGGAAGAUUGUCCCCACAAAGGACGUCAUUGACACUGCUUUCAAAGACCCUGUUAAGCGAGAAGAGAUAAGAAGCAACAAGUUGAUAUACCAAGACAAGCCAAGGCUGAAAACAGCUCUGGAAAUGCUGAGGACCAGCAUGAACCUAGAGGACACUUUACAUGAGGUGAGAAUGCCAUUCUUUGUGUUGCACGGAGAAGCAGAUUCAAUAACAGAACCAGAGGUAAGCAAGGCGUUGUACCAGAAAGCCAGUAGUGAAGACAAGAGUAUCAAACUAUAUCCCGGGAUGUGGCACGGUCUCACCUCUGGCGAACCGGAUUAUAACAUCGAAAUCGUUUUUGCCGAUAUCAUUGCCUGGCUUGACCGUCACAUUGUCACUGCUACUACUAUUAAUUCGACUACAGAAGUAGCAGUCGGACCCAUGGACAAUAUUGAUCGUAACGAUAAUAUUAUUCAAAUCGAUCAUUGUGAUGAAAUUACAAAAUCUACGGAUCAUCGAGGAAAUCACGACUCUCGUGGCAGAUUUCGAUUGUGCGGAUGGAAGAAAGGUUCUCGUGUUCGAUUUUUUCAUCAAUCUGCAAUGUAAGAAUGUAUAAGAUCGUGUAAUUAUCAAAUCGAAACAAUUAUAUCUUUCUA